CCUAGGUGCUGGGCCUCCCGGUCUGCGCCUGCUUCCGCCUUCCGCCCGCUUCCGAAUCCUGCCCCGCAGUCGCCCUCCAGUGUAACCGCCCUCGUGCCCGGAAGAGCGCGUUCUAGAGCCAGUCGUUGCUUGCCAUUUGUACGGGCGCCAAAUAAAGUUUUCUCAUUCAAGACAAUUUUUUUUUUUUUAAGUCACACGGCUCCCUUUCUCAGCUCCUCCUCCGCGGCAGAACCGUUUCAGUUCCUGCGGCCGGUGAGACCGGGCGUUGGGGCUGCGCGUGCGGGACGGUAUGGCGAAGCCUCCGGCGUCUCUCUCGGGACAGGACGUAGGAUCAUUUGCAUAUCUUACAAUUAAAGACAGAGCACCACAGAUCUUAACUAAGGCUAUUGAUACAUUACAUCGACAUAAAAGUGAAUUUUUUGAGAAAUACGGAGAGGCAGGUGUGGAAGCUGAAAAGAAAGCCAUCUCACUUCUUUCUAAGUUACGGAAUGAAUUGCAAACAGAUAAACCAAUUAUCCCCUUGGUUGAGAAAUGUGUUGAUACUGACAUGUGGAAUCAGUACCUAGAACAUCAUCAGAGUCUUCUAAAGGAAAGUGAUGAAACGCCAAGGUGGUUCUACUCACCAUGGUUACUUGUAGAGUGCUAUAUGUAUCGUAGAAUUCAUGAAGCAGUUAUCCAGAGUCCACCAAUUGAUGACUUUGAUGUAUUUAAAGAAUCAAAAACCCAAAGUUUCUUCGAGUCACAGGAAUCUGUCAUUGCUUUAUGUACUUACCUGCAAGAGCUGGUGAGAACUAUUGAAGAUCUAGAUGAAAACCAGCUGAAAAAUGAAUUUUUUAAACUUCUGCAGAUUUCGCUGUGGGGAAAUAAGUGUGAUCUGUCUCUGUCAGCAGGGGAAGCUAGUUCUCAGAAGACUAAUGUGCUAAAUUCUUUGCAAGACCUAAAACCUUUCAUUUUAGUGAAUGACAUGGAACAUCUUUGGUCCUUGCUUAGCAAUUGCAAGAAAAGUGAAAAAACAUCUAUUAGAGUAGCUAUUGUUCUAGAUAACUCGGGGUUUGAACUUGUCACAGAUUUUAUACUAGCCGACUUCUUGUUGUCCUCUAAACUGGCUAAUGAGAUCCAUUUUUAUGGAAAAAGCAUUCCAUGGUUUGUUUCUGAUACUACUGUACGUGAUUUUAAUUGGUUAAUAGACCAAGUAAAAUGUAGCAAUCAUAAGUGGAUGUCCAAGUGUGGGGUUGACUGGGAGAACGAUGUUAAAAUGGGUAGAUGGGUUUACCAUGAUCAUAUAUUUUGGACUCUGCCUCAUGAAUACUGUGUCAUGUCUCAGGUUGCUCCUGACUUAUAUGCUGAACUGCAGAAGGCACAUUUAAUUUUAUUCAAAGGCGAUCUGAAUUAUAGAAAGUUGACAGGUGACAGAAAAUGGGGAUUUUCUAUUCCAUUUCAUGAAGCUCUGAACGGCUUCCAUCCUGCACCCCUCUGUAGCAUACGGACAUUAAAAGCUGAGCUUCAGGUUGGUCUCCAGCCUGGGCAAGCAGAACAGCUCAUGGCCUCUGACCCCACCUGGCUGACCACUGGGAAAUACGGAAUAUUUCAGUAUGAUGGCCCACUUUAACUGCGUUCAGGAGUUCUCAGCUGUGUAGAAAGGUCUGCUGAGCGUGUUUUCAUCCCCAGAAAAGCAGCGUGCAAGUUCAGUCACUUGCCUGCUCCGGGAGGCCUUGCUUCUCACUGCUCAUUUACAAGCACUCAGUUUGCUCCACUAUUUUGAUUUGGGGAUGGAUGAUUCUAAGCUAGUUACAGAUAUUUAUGUUUAUGUUGGAAUAUUAGUAACUUGUUUCAAAUUAAAUGCAUAUUUUCAGAUGGCUUUAAUGAUAGAAAGCAAAAUAUGAGUUCUUUUAAAGUUUCUUUAACCCUAUCUUUUUCUUAAAUAGUAUAUAAUGCAUGAUAUUUAAUAUUCUAGGAAGCAUGGGCUUUUAUGUAACUUGAUUUUGAACUCUUGGAACAAUGGCUCUGUAAAAUUGCACAUUUUAAUGAUGCUUUGUAAAGACAGGCAUUUCUUACAACUGUGAUGUUUGAACACGUGAAAGUAAAACUUACCUCCCAAGUUAAUUCUAACUUUUGUUCUUGAAUUUUAUUUCAUUUCAAUAACUUGUUUUAUUUGUAUGCAAUUGUAUUUUGAUUGACCUGUGGCAUGGAUGUUAGGAAACAUGAAAUUGAAGAGAGUGAAACAAAUAGUAUUUGAAGAAAUGUAAUACCUUUUACAGUCGAUUUGUGCUGUCUUUAAUAAACUGAAAUUAUUUUAUCACCGAAGUGUUUUAAAUGAACAGAUUUUUAGUGUGCAUUUAGAAAAAUGUUUUAGGU